UUCCCUCGAGUCCUUGGUGUGCUCCAGCCGGUGCGUGUGCUGUCCGGUGCGGGGUGUGUAAGUACAGGGGCUGGGGGUGGAGAGAUUUACCCUCAUCUUCGUCUCAAAAUCCCGCGCCUGGAAGCCGAAGACAGAUUUCUCUGGAGAUAACAAAGACACUUUGUCACUUUGGGCGCUGCCUCGGUGCAAAUCUUUAAUUGCAGGGGAGUAGGGGGGGAAAGGGGAUCGAAUGUCUCAAGCAACCCAAGCGCGGGUCUCCAGGCGGCAAGGCCCCCUUUGAUCAGGAAAAUCCAAUUAUUUGUGUAUAUACAUUUCCCACAUAGUGAUUACUUCAUUAAUUGUCCCGCCUUUAUCUCCUCCCUUCCCAUCCCCCCUAAUAAUCAGUUCUUUUAUCCAGACCAACAAACACACCAUAGGAGCUUUGUGGAUUCAAAGGAUUUGCUUUCGCUUCUGAAAGAGCCGCUAUUCUUUGAUGAUUGGGUAGCGGCAAACUUCAAAGCCAUAAAUCUUCCCUCUGACUGGCUGGCGGCCCAGCAAAGUCCUUAUCAAAUUCUUGGAGGUGAUCCUGAAGCGCUCAGACCGCGCGCGGGGCGAGCGAGCCGGGUGCGGAGAGGGGCGAGGGCGGGGAGGGCCCCCGCGCGCAGAGCGGGCGCCGGGGAGGGACUGUAGGCGGCCCUUCGUCCUCGCCUUCGGGUCUCCAUGCCUCGGCAGCGCCCUGCUUCGCAGCCAACGGCCCGCAAGCCGUAGCCAUGGCCGCCGUGGCCGUCCUCCGGAACGACUCGCUGCAGGCCUUUCUCCAGGACCGCACCCCCUGCGCCUCCCCGGACCUGGGCAAGCACUCGCCCCUGGCGUUGCUAGCAGCCACCUGUAGCCGUAUAGGCCAGCCCGGCGCCGCGGCGCCCCCGGACUUCCUGCCGGUGUCCUACGACCCCACGCUGGGAUCGCCCUCCAGGCUCUUUCAUCCGUGGACCGCGGACAUGCCCGCGCACUCGCCGGGCGCGCUACCGCCCCCGCACCCCAGCCUGGGGCUGACACCGCAGAAAACGCACCUGCAGCCGUCUUUCGGGGCGGCGCACGAGCUGCCGCUCACACCCCCUGCCGACCCUUCCUACCCCUACGAGUUUUCACCGGUCAAGAUGCUGCCCUCGAGCAUGGCGGCCCUGCCCGCCAGCUGCGCGCCUGCCUACGUGCCCUACGCGGCCCAGGCCGCGCUACCGCCGGGUUACUCCAACUUGCUGCCCCCGCCGCCGCCACCGCCACCGCCACCCGCGUGCCGCCAGCUGUCCCCCAACCCGGCCCCCGACGACCUCCCGUGGUGGAGUAUCCCGCAGGCAGGCACCGGUCCGGGAACCUCGGGGGUUCCAGGGGGCAGCCUCUCCGGUGCCUGUACCGGGGCCCCCCACGCACCUCGCUUCCACGCCUCGGCGGCCGCUGCUGCCGCCGCCGCCGCUGCCCUGCAGCGGGGCCUGGUGUUGGGCCCGUCGGACUUCGCGCAGUACCAGAGCCAGAUCGCAGCGCUGCUGCAGACCAAGGCCCCCCUGGCGGCCACGGCCAGGAGGUGCCGCCGCUGCCGCUGCCCCAACUGCCAGGCGGCCGGCGGCGCUCCAGAGGCAGAGCCGGGCAAGAAGAAGCAGCACGUGUGCCACGUGCCCGGCUGCGGCAAGGUGUACGGCAAGACGUCGCACCUGAAAGCGCACUUGCGCUGGCACACGGGCGAGCGGCCCUUCGUGUGCAACUGGCUCUUCUGCGGCAAGAGCUUCACGCGCUCGGACGAGCUGCAGCGGCACCUGCGGACUCACACGGGCGAGAAGCGCUUCGCCUGCCCCGAGUGCGGGAAGCGCUUCAUGCGCAGCGACCACCUCGCCAAGCACGUCAAGACGCACCAGAAUAAGAAGCUCAAAGUUGCUGAGGCCGGAGUCAAGCGGGAGGACCCGCGGGACCUGUAAGCCCACGCGGUGGCGACUCAAGGCCUCUCCCGCCUCGGACUCCCUUUCCAGCUCCUCUUCCGGGAGGUUCCGGGGGUUUGUGGGCAGCCGGCCAAGGGGAGACCCAGCAGAGGCACUCGCCCUUUCCUGCUUGCCUGCCUCCCAAAGCGACGCGCGGCUCCCAGCUUCCCUGGCCCGGCCUGCGGAACGGGGCCUUGUGCCCAGGAAGAGCAGGGGAGGUAGGGUUGAGAGCUCUGCGUCACGAAGGAGCGGUUUCAGACUCUGAACCAUUCCCACCGUCUGGAAGACCUACAGUUUGGGGGGACUACCCUGGGCUGACCUUUGUAUAUAGGAAACACUGCUGAAGCAAAGGAAACGGACCUUGAGAGAUUGGCAAUAGUGCUCGGGAGUUUUUUGCUAGGACUGGGCCGGGUUUUGUACAGGUUAUUUAAUAGCUUUCUUAAAGAAUAAUUAUAAUAAUUAUAACGUUAAUUAAAAUGUUACUUUUGUCCUCAACUCCAUGCAGAGCUACAGCAUGAAAUGUCUCUGUAAAGCAAUCGGCAUUUGCAGCGUGAAAAUAAAUACGUUAACUCCGGGGUCACCUCGGGAAGACCCCGCUGGGCCGGUCUCAUUUGAUCUUUUCUUCUUCCGGGAGGCUUUACAAAACGGUCAGGUUUCACCGGGAAUUUGAAGGUUCCUCUAGGCUGCUUGUGUCUGAGGCUUCUUUGGUUUGGAAGGUUCUGGGCAAGCGUGCUGAGUGCAAAGAUGCAGAAAGGAGGGCAGGGUCAGUUUUGCGGUAAAGAGGUUAGGGUGAGAUUUUCCAAUCAUACGAUGAGUUUCUCACGCGGCCUUAGGGCUUGACCAGAGACUGUCGGGCUUCUCUUAAAAGUUGAUACCUGCUGCACAUACAAUGCACGCUCUUUUUACCUGGCGAAUUGGCUGUGGCUUUCCAUUCGUGGGUACUCUCGGAACAGAGGUCACAGGGGAGCUGCGCUUGCUCCUUCCUGGCAGCCGGCUAUGCUGGUGUCUUGAGAGGUGCUGGAGACUCAAGGAUCUGUUCACGGAUGAAAUUUUGGAGGGUUGCAGAGAAACUGGGGGCCCUUGUUCAGGUUGGUCUUUGCCUGGGAAAGAAGCGCCACUCCUGUAUUUCAGCCCCGUCAUGAUGCACAACCUUGUCUCGCUUGUUUUCUUCUCAAUCAUUUUGCUGGGGAAGUCUUAACAGCCUUGUUUCACAGUAGCCGCUUAGUGAUUUCUGCCUAGGCCAGGAAGUUUAGUCCCAUUUUGUAUCUGGGGAUUUUCUUUUUUCAGUCAUUGCAGUAGACUAAGAUUUUCUCUGGGAGGAGCCAGGAAUGCUCCUAUCUAGAUUUCUCACAUGUCUCUAAAAUGUGAAGUUUUCAAUGUGACUUUUACAGGUGUUUUUUCAAGUGUCUCAACUCAGCUGGCUCCCUGAUGUUUCCUAAUACUUUAAAAACCUGAAACUGAAACCUUAAUCUUCUGGUUUGGAAUUAGCAAAGAAAAAAAAUUGUUGUAAAUGUUGUUACUAUGUUAAGCUGACUGCAUCAUUAAUGCCAAGUUUGGACGGAACUGAAUAAUCUUUUCAUGUUAGUAGAAGUGUAUAUAAAUUGAUAGGAUUUCAGUUUAUGCACUGCUGUUACCUUGCCUUUUGUUUGAAGUAAAACCAAAGGGUAAAUUCUUAAAAGCCAGGAGGGUUGUGCUUGAGACUUACUAUAUUAAGUAAAACUCAACCAUCAACAUAAUUGAGAUGAAAAUUACUUUCAUACUCCUAAGAAAUAGCAUUUUUACUCUGUAACUUGGGACAAGGUCGUAACUAUUAAAAUCAUUGUGGAAAUACGCCUUAGAACCAGUUACUCUCAUUAGAGAUUUUUAAACUAUUUAAUGGCAGAUUGGAAUGUGAGUCUUCAGGGUUCUUUACCUGGGAAGGGCAGUUUGGGCUAGCUAAAUCUUCAAGGGUGUGACAGUUUUGCAAAAAAGAAAAAUAGUAAUGAGAAAGUUGCUACACAGUAACAUUAAUAUACAUCUAAAUGUGUAAUCUAAUCUCCAUCAAGAUUCUUGAGAAUCAUCUCUAUGAAGAGUUUCAGAAACUCUGACAUCUGAACCACACCCUGAGAUCGACUUCAGAGCCAGAAAAGAUUUUGGAGUAGGUGAUAGGGAAAGAGGAGUCCUGAUUAGAAAGUGAAAAGACCAAGGACUCUGGACUUAGAAAUUGAAAUGCUCCUCUUAUGUGAAAGAGAAUGCCCUUGGUAGAGAAAGAAAAAUGUCAAUUUUGAAGUGAAGCUGCCAGCUAGCAUUGAUAGCUACGAUUGUUUAGUAUCCAAAGUGUUGAAGAUAAAGUUUCCUUGUAACUUUGUGAUUGUUAAGAGAAAGAUAAAAUAUAUGGAAUUUAUCUAAAAAUACAAUAUAUAUAAUUUUUAAAAGCAGAAUGAAAUCAUUUGAUGACAAAAUAACGUUCUUAUGUUUUCACUUAAUUGAACCUGCAAAUUUUAAAAGUUUGGUAAAAGUAGAGUCUCUAGACAACCUUGGUACAGCUGAAAGACUGUUCCUUAUUGUGAGUGCAAGUCUGUGUUCCACUUACUUUAGACGAAUAUAUUUCUGUAUCGACGUAGAAGCCAGGAGGUCACAAUAAUGUGAUAUUAUUAUCCAAGUGUAGGAAAGCAUUUCAUGUUUAUACUGAAAAAAAGCUAAUCAUGAUUCUGUAUGCCCAGAAAUACAAGUUUGACGAUGCAGAAAUGUGUUAAAAUCUGAAUUGCUGUUGCAUGCUUUAUUUGGCUCAUAAAACUGCAACCUACUACAGUACCAUUCAUUUAGGACUUUAAAAAUUAUUUUAAAAUAAAUCAAUAUGCAAGAAGUAAUAUGCAGAAAUGAUGUAAAUUAAGCACAGUUAGCAGAAAAUUUAAUGAAAUUCAGAAGUAAAUUACUAUUAAAUGUAAACUAAAAUUUAUUUUUUAUUUGGAAUUUUGCCAACAUCAAAAAGAAGUUUAAUCUACCAGCUGGAUCCAAGGCUUUAUUUAAAGACCUCAGCACCCAAUACAAUUGAGUUUUUAAAACAGUUGAAGAAAAUAUGUUAACAAUGGCCACAAAUGUCAAUAGACAUUUUAUAUUUUUUAAACAACUGUUUUAGUAGCAUGCAAAUGUAAUGUAAAGUGUAAUGUUUUUUUUUAAAUUCUAAAAUUAGUGUGAUAUGUUUAUUAAAUUUAACAUGAUUGACAAA